UUCGUGCCUGUCAGAGUAGCUGGCGGCAGUGGCGGCUCUCGGGGCUGGGUUGUCAGUCAGUGAGCGGAGGGGGAAGAUGGCUCGCUGGGACCCAUUCUGCUAAGGAGGAAGGGGGGCAGGUGGUGCUGCUUACCCGAGAGAAAGAGGAGCAGCCUUCGUCGCUGUCGCUGCGAGCCAGACAAGUCGAGGUUCUGGAGGUGGAGCUUGAGGAGCCGCUCUGGUUGAAGGUUUAGAACAGAUGUGGAAAGAUGUUUACUUCAGAGAAAGGGGUUGUGGAGGAAUGGCUGUCAGAGUUUAAGACACUACCAGAAACAUCUUUACCAAGUUAUGCUACAAAUUUGAAAGACAAGAGUUCUUUAGUUUCAUCUCUCUAUAAAGUUAUCCAGGAGCCACAAAGUGAGUUGCUAGAACCUGUCUGUCACCAGCUCUUUGAAUUCUAUCGCAGUGGAGAGGAGCAGUUGCUUCGAUUUACCUUGCAGUUUCUUCCAGAACUGAUUUGGUGCUACCUUGCCGUCUCAGCCAGCAGAAAUGUGCAUAGCAGUGGAUGCAUUGAAGCUCUUCUUCUAGGGGUUUAUAAUUUGGAAAUAGUUGACAAACAGGGACAUAGCAAAGUAUUGAGCUUUACGAUUCCAUCUUUAUCCAAACCAUCUGUAUAUCACGAACCCUCCAGCAUUGGGUCCAUGGCUCUGACUGAGAGCGCUCUAUCCCAGCAUGGUUUGUCAAAAGUUGUGUACAGCGGACCUCACCCCCAAAGGGAGAUGCUGACAGCACAGAAUAGGUUUGAGGUGUUGACAUUCCUUUUGUUGUGUUACAAUGCUGCCUUAACCUAUAUGCCCAGUGUUUCUCUUCAAUCACUGUGUCAGAUUUGUUCAAGAAUCUGUGUUUGUGGAUAUCCUCGACAACAUGUAAGAAAAUACAAAGGUAUAAGUAGCAGGGUACCAGUUUCUUCAGGAUUCAUGGUGCAGAUGUUAACAGGGAUUUAUUUUGCCUUUUAUAAUGGAGAAUGGGAUCUUGCUCAAAAAGCAUUGGAUGAUAUCAUAUACAGAGCUCAGCUAGAAUUAUAUCCAGAGCCAUUGCUGGUUGCUAAUGCAAUACAGGCUUCAUUGCCUCAUGGUGCCAUGAAAUCUAGUAAGGAGGGUACAAGGUGUAUUCAAGUUGAAAUUACACCAACUUCCUCUAGAAUAUCAAGAAAUGCAGUAACCAGCAUGUCAAUUAGAGGUCAUAGGUGGAAAAGACACGGAAAUACAGAAUUAACAGGUCAAGAAGAACUGAUGGAGAUAUCUGAAGUUGACGAGGGAUUUUAUUCCAGGGCUGCAUCUAGUACCAGCCAGUCGGGUUUAUCAAAUAGUAGUCAAAAUUGUAGUAACAAGACAAGUGUAGGAAAGACUCAGAGACGGUCAGGAGGAAGCAAAACUGGAGGAAAAGAGAAAGAAACUUCAGGGGAGUCUUGCAAAGAUCACUUUGCUCGAAAACAAACUCAGAGAGCCCAAAGUGAGAAUCUCGAGCUUCUCUCCUUGAAGAGACUUACAUUAACAACCAGCCAGUCCCUGCCUAAACCUAGUAGCCAUGGUUUGGCUAAAACCGCCGCGACUGUAUUUAGUAAGUCCUUUGAACAAGUCAGUGGUGUCACAGUCCCACAUAACCCAUCUUCUGCUGUUGGCUGUGGGGCUGGGGCAGAUUCCAAUAGGUUUUCUGCUUGUAGUCUCCAAGAAGAAAAGCUUAUUUAUGUUUCUGAAAGGACUGAACUUCCAAUGAAGCAUCAAGCAGGUCAUCAGAGACCUCCUAGUAUUAGCAUUACUCUGUCCACAGAUUAAUUUGUAAUCGUUUUCUCAUGUAACCAGUGAAUCUGGAAAUAUGACUUUGCUUCUUUAUCAAAGUGCCCAGGGUCUUUCAUCCCUGUUCCUGACAAGAGCACUGCUGUCUUAAAUUCUGCUACCUUGACUUUAUGAAGUGAAUAAUGUCUAGAUUGCAGUAAGUUGACAUAUGGUUUUGUUAUGUCUUGGUUAUGUUUUUUCCCCUUAGUUUGAGUAUUUUUUUUCCUUCUUCUUUUUUGUUUUUGUUGUACUAAAAUUGUCAGUGUGACAAUACAUUUUGGCAGGUUGUCUGAUCAGAUUGGUUACAUCUCAUGUGGGGUUGUGAGUCUUUUUUUUUUUUAAUAACUGCUAUUUUGGAAGCUGUAUGUUUGGCCUUCAGUGUAAAAGGGGAGCUCCAUGUAUGGGAACUAUUUUUUAAGGAUGAGGCUGAGCUGCAACUCUAGGAAUUCUAUGAAAAACAGGCUUGUGAAAAAAACAGAAUUGAUAUGUAUGACAAGUGCCCUAUAAAAAUGUUUGUAAUCGGAUCACCUUUAAGAUUAGUAGGGCAGUUUGUAUAAAGUACUGGAAAAUGCCUGGGAACUCAGUAGUACCCUGAAUUAUUAUAUGAUUGCAGGGAUGUGAAGAGGGAUUUCUGUUGUUAUAUUUGAAACAUUUUUUCUAUAAAAAUAUCGGAUUGCUAGUAGAUGUGUUGUUUUGAAGCAUUUGAUCUGGAUUUAGCAGGUGAAAAUCCCUUUCUUUUUCUUUUCUUUUUUUCUUUUUUUAGCCAUGCCUCUGGCAGGCUGAAGUUCCUGGGCCAGGGUCCAACCCAAACCAUAGCAGUGACCUUAGCCACAGCAGUGAUAAUACCAGAUCCUUAAGUGCUAGGCCACCAGGGAGCUCCUGAAAAAUCCCCUUCAGUUCCCAAGAUGUACUAAGCCAUAAAGCUGACUUAUCUUGCUGCUGGACUUCAGGAAUCCUACUAAGUUUGGAUUCCCAUAAUUCAGAGCACACAUCAUUGGAGACUUCCUGGAAAUCACUCUAAAUUUUACAACCUAGCUCUCAAGACGUCAUUCAUUGUUCACCAUGUAACACUGAAUUGUUUGUCUACAAAUGAAGGAAAUUAGGUAAAUUUUUCAUGUAUAAAAUAUCAUUGAAAAAAAAUUAAAAUAGUGACUUAGGACAAAGGACAUUUAUAUAUUUUAACUAAUUUAGGGCUAUUUAUGUUUGUUUUUAAAAUUCAAGCUAUAAAAUAUGAAAAAUAUUAAAUGUGUUUCUUGUUGUUGAACAAGCCUAUGUUAAAUGUUUUUGUUAUGAUAGAGUAAAAAGACAAUAUGACAGAAGUUAAA